AAGUGUUAAAAAAAAAAAAAUGAAUUUGAGAGUGAUUAUUUUUUUAAACAUCGCCACGUGCGUAUGGACACGUCCAUCAAAUUUGAAUUUAAAUCUGCAGAAUAAUAAAAAUGAUAAUUAUUUAUUGAAACGAGUGAGCCGGAGUUUGGAUGGAUCUGAAAAAAAUUUUCCAUUCAGUCCAAAAACAUUGGAGACGAUGUUGGAGAAAGCGAUAUUAAAAAUAAUAACUGGAGACUUGAGUAAUGGGGAUUUAUUAUUAUUGAGAAGUUUGAAUUAUAGCUUAGAGGAAAUAUUGGCGAUAAGAGACCGGGAGUUUAAAAAAAAUGACGACAAUUAUUUGGGGGGCAGAAAUAACUUUAGGGAAGUUUUUGAUGAAAAUUUAGAGCCCACGGAAAAGUAUAAUAAUUUUUUUAAAAAAAAUGAUGAUGGAGAUGAUGACAGUAUUGACAUUGACGCUUACAAUAGACAAGCGGUUUUGGAUUACGAAAAUUUGGCGAAUAAGAUGGAGGAAUUUGAAAGGGGAAAUGAAGAUGGGGGUGGGGGUGAUAUUGAAAAAAAUGUGGGAGAAAAUAAAACGGAUGAUAAUGAUGAUCACUUGGCAUUCGCUCGAGCAAUGGAACCGCAUGUCGUUUUCAAAAUCGGUUAUAAUGAAACCGGAAAUGAAAAUAAUGGCAGUGAAAAAUUGGAAAUGAGCACGAGUGUAAAUAAUUUAUUUCAUGACUUGUCUACUGUUUUGCCUGGGACAGCGAAACCUGAUGGUAAAUUAGAGGAAAAUGAGUCGGUGGAGGGUCAAAGGGGGAGGGAAGAAAAGCCGGGUAAGAAGGUGUCGGAGUAUGAGGGACUGGAGUGGGUUGAAGAUGAUGUUUAUCGCGUGAUACCUGAGGCGCUGAAUGAACAAGUUGAUGAGAGUGAGGAAGAGAGGGGGGACGAUGCAUCUGAUGACGAAUUUGGGUUUGAGGGCUUUGAUGUGAGGGAUCAAGAGGUAAAGGGGGCUAAUGACUCUUGGAAUUACGAUAAUGGAAAUUUGUCGGCUUAUCAGCAAUUGGCGUUAGCGCAUCGACGAGAUGGGAAUCAAUCGAGCUUUGAUAGUCAAGGGCAAAAAGCUAUUGAGGAUAUCAAGCUGAGGGUUCUGGCAAUGACAGGACGGUUCAAUCUUACGUCAACUGAUAACCAAGUCCAACGAGAAAGACUUACGAUGUUCACACCCAGUUGUGAGGUUCCCAAAAAUACCGACGCUGAAAUUUGGGCAGACCCUUUUUCAAUGAACAUGUACUUUCAAAUAAAUCUGACGUCCAACGACCAUGUGGUCGCCGCGAAAUUGCGUCUGUAUAAACUUCCUCAGAACAUGAGCUUGUUAUCGAGCACCAACAGUCCGUCAGAAGAAGAAGACGAAGAAGAUAAAAAAAUAAGGAUAUCAAUUUACUUUUACAUGCGAUCGCUAAAGAAACAUCGAUCGAAGAAAAAACUAAUGGACAGUGUGGUGACUCCAUUGACAUCUGAGGGCAGCCAUUUGGCUUUGGAUGUCCGACAAGCGCUGAGAUAUUGGCGCCAGGUUCCGAGAAUUCACGCCAGUGGGACCAAUAAUCAUGGACUGGUGGUCCAAGUCGAGGACCAGGAGGGAAGGCCUCUCAAACCAGCUCUCUAUGUCCAGGAUAGCUGUCACGCGGAUGAUAACACAGAUAACAAGGCAUACCAACGCGUCCCUGCACUCUUCUUUAGAGCCUGUUCUCGUUACGUUCGCGUCGUAAAUGGAGAAGCAGUGACUUACAUAAACUGCAAACAUAAAUCGUCAAGGCAUCGAUCGUAGAAUUAAUUAAUAUAUAAUAAUAAUUACAAUAAACAUAAUUUUAAUUUUUCAUAUAAAAAAAAAGAAUUCGCUUAAUUUUCACAGACUGUCAAUUUUUAUAUUAUUAUUUUUAUUUAUCAGUAAAUAAGUGAAAAAUUUAUAAUUAUUUAUUAAUUAUUAAUUGUAAAUAGAUAAAAUUAUUCUACAGUUAAUUAUAUUCCAAUUGUUUUUUCA